CUUCACAACGAUGGAAAUAGCGAAGGGGAAAAAAGAGACGGUCGGGCGGUAGUAGGCUACAGUGAUCCUAUCCGAGACCAAAACCUGCAGAGAUCGACUGUGAAAUAUCGCAGCGGCUGCGUAACAGGCCAUUGAUAGCAUUCAUCCUGGAUAUUGGUACAGGGGACAAAGGCUCUGGAUUAAAAGGAGAUGGCAGGUAUUUUGGCGUGGUUUUGGAACGAAAGAUUUUGGCUUCCUCACAAUGUAACGUGGGCUGAUUUAAAAAACACUGACGAAGCAACGUUCCCACAAGCCGAGGAUCUUUAUCUGGCGUGUCCUUUAGCAUUUUGCAUCUUUAUGAUACGGCUGGUGUUCGAAAGGUUUAUUGCUAGACCAUGUGCCUUGGGUCUAAAGAUACAAGCCAAUGGACCACUGAAAGCCCAGCCCAAUGCUAUCUUGGAGAAGGUUUUUACUGCAAUUACUAAGCACCCAGAUGAGAAGAGGUUGGAGGGCUUGUCCAAACAGCUGGACUGGAAUGUCCGCACUAUCCAGCGCUGGUUCAGGCAGCGCCGCAACCAGGAGAAGCCCAGCACCCUGGCUCGCUUCUGCGAGAGCAUGUGGAGGUUUUCGUUUUACCUGUACAUAUUUACCUAUGGAGUUCGUUUUCUUAAAAAGACACCGUGGCUGUGGAACACCAGAGAGUGCUGGUACAACUACCCUUACCAGCCACUGUCUGUGGAUGUUCACUACUACUAUAUACUGGAGCUGUCCUUCUACCUGUCUCUGCUCUUCUCCCAGUUUACGGACUUCAAGAGGAAGGACUUCCUGCUCAUGUUCCUUCACCACCUGGCGACCAUCUCCCUCAUCACCUUCUCCUACGUCAACAACAUGGCGCGCGUGGGCACGCUGGUCAUGUGCGUCCACGACGCCGCUGACGUGCUGAUGGAGGCAGCUAAGAUGGCCAACUACGCCAAGUGCCAAACUCUCUGCAACCUGCUGUUUGCCAUGUUCGCGAUUCUGUUCAUCAGCUCCAGACUGGGUGUUUAUCCUGUGUGGAUUUUAAACACAACCUUGUUUGAGAGCUGGGAGAUCGUGGGGCCGUACCCGUCCUGGUGGGUGUUCAACCUGCUGCUCACCCUACUGCAGCUGCUGCACAGCCUCUGGGCCUACCUCAUCGUGAAGGCAGCCUGGAGAGCCAUCUCCAGGGGGAAGGCAGGGAAGUGGAACCCUUUACAUGUGUCCAAGGACGACCGCAGCGACAUCGAGUCGAGCUCCGACGAGGACGACACGCCCCCGGCCAAUCGGAAGCCCCACAGCAGCAGCAGCAGCAGCACCAAUGGGACGAGCAGCAGAGCCCACGGCACCAACGGCUACCUGACAGGAGGGCCCUGUCCAGACGAACACUGACCACCCCCACGGGACAUUACAGCAUCACUGGCACCAAGCUGCAGACAUCCAGUCAUAGAUCUGUCUGUGUGUGUAUGUGUGUGUGUGUGCGUGCGUGCGUGUAACAGGGGGAGAGACUUGAACAACAUUGCUUGUCUGGUACUGGAAGUUCUUAAUAGAAUAUUUGAAGGCA